AUGGCCUCAUUACUCUCGAGGCGUGCCUCGCAUAUCCUUCUCAUCCUCCUUGGCCUCUUUCUGGCAGGCACCAUCGUCGUCCUCACAACCGCCAAUGCCUACUUCUCCAUCGACACUUCAGCAUACAUCCUGCCGGAAGAGCUAGGCACGUGGGAGCAGAUCCAAUCCGGCGCUUCCCCCGACGGCCCCGACGGCUGGGCAGCUCGCAUCCCUUGGCUCAGCAAGCUCACUCAUCACUCGACCGAUGUCGCCGCUUCCUCCGCCGUCGUCAACACCACCGCAGCUCAUCCAGCAUCUGUUGUCGACCCUGACGAUACGGUCGCCAGACCUCAGCCGUGGCGCGACAACACUCCCAAAAAGUGGGAUCCCGCCAACCCAAAGGAGAAGAUCCCGCGCAUCAUCCACCAGACCUGGAAGGAUGAGCAUCUUCCACCAAGGUGGCAGGCCAUCCGCGACGAGUGCGCCGCCAUGCAUCCCGACUACGAAUAUAUGCUCUGGACCGACGCCGACUCGCGCAAGUUUAUCGCAGAGCACUACGACUGGUUCCUGCCCGUCUUUGAUGGCUACCCCUACCCCAUCCAGCGCGCCGAUGCCAUCCGAUACUUUGUCUUGCAUCACUACGGCGGCAUCUACAUGGAUCUCGACAUUGGCUGUCUGCGUCGUUUCGACCCCUUGCUGCGUUUCGAGGUCAUCCUGCCCAAGACCAUCCCCGUCGGCGUCUCCAACGACGUCAUGCUCUCGGCGAAGGCACAUCCUUUCAUGGACCAGCUCAUCCACAACCUCGUCAACUUCAACCAUCAGUACUUGACAAACUACCCGACCGUCAUGUUCUCUACCGGCCCCAUGUUUGUUUCCGCAUCUUACGGAUUGUACGUCGACGUUCACGGUCCGGCAUUCCCCAGCACACCCAAGCAGCCCGAGAUGGGAUUCAAGGGCGUUCGUGUGCUGCCCAAGAGCCUGUACGGUAAGAACGUCAAACCGGUCGAUGCGCCCGACGCCUUCUUCUCGCACUUUUACGGAUCCAGCUGGCACGCCAACGAUGCGGGCUUCCUCAUCUUCCUGCGCAAAUACGGACGCUUCUUGAUCUUUGUCGGCGUCUGCGUUGUGCUGUACGGGGUGUUUAGGACGUUGCUGCCGACGCUGCUGUGGAAGUUUGGCGGGUACAAGGGGAGGUUCGGACGCGGGUCGAGGCGGUCCCAGCGGGAGACGGGGAGGUGGAUCAGCUUGCCGAUCGGUACCUCUUCGCGGUCGCUUUCACGACGGAGAUCCAAACGUCGUUCUACGUCCACCGCCGACGAAGAUCACAGUGUACCGCUCAACUCUAUGGGACGACACGAUACGGUGGGGAGCACGUCGGCGGCCAACCCUAGCAGGCUGUCUAUGCCGGCACCGCGGCCUACGCGGCUCAGUCUUCCGCUGUUUCAGCUGCAGGAUCCGGAGCCGAUGAGCAGCGAUCCUGCACCGCAGUCUGUGCUCGCCUGGAUGGGUCAGACGCUCUCCCGACCCAGUUCGAGGAGCGAUGCCAUCAGCGAGAUGGAAGCCAACAACUCGACCGAGAACAGCAAGAAGAAGGGCGUUCUCUAUCUGCCGGCGUACUUUGUGCGCGGGGAUGACUCUUCGAGUUUGAGUCCGAGCAGCAGUGCUAGUUCGCAGCAGUUGCAGGGGAAUGCGCUGUCGCCCUUGUCGAAUGGGUUUGCAGCGGCGGGGAGGAGGGGCGAGGAGAGUCAGAGUCUGGGUCAGUGGGCAACGAGUCUGCUGCCGGCGGGUUGGAGGGGUCCCAGUCCAGCACCUAGUCAUGGAAGUAGGAGGAGCAGGGUGAGUCAGGAUCUCGAGAGUUUGGGCAGUCAGGCUGAUGACGACGACGAGUGGACGGGUGCAGGUGGUGGUGCGGGGAGGGAGGAGGAGAGACCGUUGAUGGAGGCCGAGAGAGGGGGAAACUUGCGGAAGGCGUGGGAUGAUGGGAUGGGAGGCGAGCGGCAAGCUGUUCAGGCUCCUCCGCCGUACAGGGAUGACGAUGCCGUGGAGGAGAGGAGUGGUGUGGAAAAGGUGUGA